AUGGCCUCUCAGGAAAAUGUCGGGACGACCAAGAAGCCGUGGAUCAUGAACGCCUUCGCCAUGACUGCACCGGGACACCUCGCACCAGGUCUCUGGAGACACCCUUCACAGCAGAAACAAACACUAGACCAUUGGGUCAAGCUCGCGAAGUUCCUGGAUGAGAACCACUUCCACGGCAUCUUUUUCGCCGACGUGCUCGGCAUCUACGACGUAUACCAAAGCAGCAAUGAUGCUGCUCUAAGCAGCGGUGCUCAGAUUCCCAUCCUCCAGAUUGACUUACUGGUCUCGGCUCUAGCGUAUGCGACCAAGAAUCUAUCUUUUGGUAUUACGGCGUCAACGACUUAUGAGCAUCCUUAUGCUUUGGCGAGGAAAUUUUCGACCCUGGAUCAAGUGACUAAUGGUCGCGUUGGUUGGAAUAUUGUUACUAGUUACCUGGAAAGCGCAGCAAAGUCUUAUGGCUUGGAGGGCAAUAUCGAGCAUGACGAGCGCUAUAGGAUUGCUGACGAGUUCAUGGAUGUGUUUUACAAGUUACUGGAGGGCAGUUGGCAAGAUUCUGCUGUGGAAUCGGAUAAAAAGACUGGUGUCUGGACGAACCCAGACAAAGUCAAAAAGAUCAACCAUGAAGGCAAGUACUUCAAGUCAGCAGGUCCAAAUCUUGUGGAUCCUUCACCUCAGCGCACACCUUUUCUGCUGCAAGCAGGUGCAUCCAAAGCAGGCAAAGACUUUGCCGCAAAGCAUGCAGAAGCAAUGUUCCUUCCAGGUCUCGUGCCCGCAAAAACCGCCAAAGUGGUUGCUGAGACCAAAGCCUUGCUUCGCUCAAUCGGCAGACCUGAAGACAGCAUAAAGUUUAUCGCAGGCAUCUUCAUCUGCGUCGACGAAACCGACGAAAAGGCACAAGCGAAGUUCGAUGACUAUCUAAGAUAUGCUGACACUGAGGGUACUGCUGCGUUGUUUGGUGGUUGGACAGGUACAGAUCUGUCAACAUUCACGGAUGAUGAAGAUUUUGCUUUUAGCACAAAGGCACCUGCUAUUCAGUCGAUGAUCGCGUCUUGGACGGAAACUGUCCCUGGUACUAAAGACCUCAAGUGGACGAAGAAGCACGUCCUCGAGCAUCUUGCCAUCUCAGGCGCUCAUCCACGAGCUAUCGGCAGUCCGACCACUGUAGCCGACAUUCUCGAACGAUGGGUCGAGGAGGCAGGAGUAGAUGGAUUUAACAUAAAUUACGCGGUCACACCAGACACUUUUGAAGAUCUGGUUACGUUCUUGUGGCCUGAGUUGAGCAAACGAGGGGUCCUGCAGGAAAACUAUGCUGGAAGCACAAUGCGCGAGAAUUAUUUGCAAGAUGGUGAAGGUCCAAGAGCUAGAAACUGGCAUCCUUUGAGGCAGUAUACCUGGAGCGGAUAG